UCAUUACAAUAAGGUACUGCUGUCAAAAUGAUAUUAGACUUGAAGAAAAAGUUGUAUUUUAAUAAAGGAAAUUUUUUCCAAUAUUUUGCCACUCUUACAGGAGCAUGCUCGAUAAUGAGCUCAGGCAUAAAUUUGGGCUGGACCUCACCCUACCUACCUAAAUUGAUGUCAAACACUUCGCUGAUUCCAACAACCAGCGAAGAAGGAUCAUGGUGUGCCGUGGCACCUUUGAUAGGAUCACCGUUUGGAGCACUAACAGCCAUAUACCUGGUAGAUAGAAUAGGACGAAAAGCGACAGCAUUACUAAUGGCACCAAUAGUAUCGAUUUGUUUUAUUUUGAUAGCAUUUUCUUCGUCGAUAUGGGAAAUAAGUUUAUAUAGGUUUAUAAUAGGUGCAACUGAAGGUGGUUCUUAUACAGCAUUACCUAUGUAUAUUGGAGAAAUAUCUGAUCCUAAGAUUAGAGGCUUCCUAUCAGCUACCAUAGCUAUAUUUGCUAUAUUUGGUACCUUAUUUAUUAACGUCAUAGGUUCCUGGAUGGAUAUAUUUAUGUCUAGCAUCGUUUGUGCUGUUAUCCCGCUAAUCCAUUUAGUAAUUUUUUCGUUCAUGCCAGAAUCUCCUUACUAUCAUAUUAAGAAAAACAAUCCAGCUGCUGCUAGGGAAUCUUUGGAAAUCUUAAGAGGUAAAGCAAGUGUAGAUGAUGAAAUGGAAGGACUAUGCAAAGCUGUAACUAGACAAGAACGGUCUGAAAAAACUGGUUUCUUGGAUUUGUUCAGCGUCCCCAGUACAAGAAAAGCUUCUUUCAUUUUCUUAAUAUUGUGCAUGACCAACAAGUUCAGUGGUAAAAAUCCUUGCUUGUUCUACACAGAAGCUAUUUUUAAAGAAAGCGGUAGCAGUAUCAAUCCAACUUUAUCAGUAAUUAUUUACUGCAGCGUAGAACUAAUAGCAGUAGUUAUCAGUACUUAUUUUAUAGUAGACAGAUUUGGUAAAAGGUUACUAAUGAUCACUUCUACAGCCGGUUGCGCUAUAUCGGUAUUCUUGCUAGGUCUAUUCUUUUACUUCAAAGAUUACCAUAUAGGAAUAGUAGAAACUAUUGAUUGGCUGCCAAUCACAGCUCUAGUUUCAUACAACAUUUUCUUCAGUAUAGGUUUAGCUUUUGGUCCAGUGCUAGUCUUAAGUGAGUUCUUUCCUACAAACGUCAAAGCCAAAGCUUUGGGCGUAGCCGAUACUUUCUCAGUACUAAUGGGUACAAUCGUAUCAAAGUUGUUCCAGAUAACUAUGGACGAGUUUCACACUAUGUCAGUUCCGUUUAUAUUCUUUUCCGUAUGUUGUGCAGUAGGAUUCGUUUUCGUAAUUAAGUAUGUACCAGAAACUAAAGGAAAGACUUUGGAGGAGAUACAGCAGUUUCUGAUUGGGGAAAGUAGUACUACUUCUAUUGAGAUGACUAGAGGGAUUAGGCUGUAAUAUUCUUCGAUUUUAAUGGUUUUAAUACAUAAAAAGUUAUUUUUGAUUAUAUUGAAGGAUUUAUAUAAAUAGUUGUUGAAGUUUGGAUGCACAAUUAAGGUAAAUUUCUUCAGGAACCCAUAUUAUCAUGACAUGAUUCAUAUUUUGUAUUAAAUGGUAUGUAUUUUAGCCAAACAUUUAGAAGUCUGACAGGGAUUCUGCAACCUUUCUUUUGUGUGUGUCAAAAGGACUACAGGACUAAACGAUUUUUUGAACCUGCCAAUUUAUGUAUUAAUUAUGUUUAUAUUUUUGGUAGGAACAAAUGGUUUUAUAUUAAAACGC